UCAAAGUGGUGGGGGUCUCUCAUGAUGGCACGACGCCAUUAAACGUAUGUUCAUCGACGCGUGUAUGGCACUAUUUGUCGGCUCUGCUGUUAUCCCGAGGCGAUUCGAGCACUCGAAUCUUGGUGACCGUGGCGGCUGUCGACGUUUGCGAUAAAAAUUCAAUUUGAAAUCAUUUUUCUCGCUCGCACCCCCCGAGAAAUCUGUAAACAAUGGCGAUUUUGGAAUCCUGUUGGUCACCGUGCGUCUGGUCGAACAGCGUUAAGACCGGCUGCAAGGCUAUAGCAUUCUACACAGUGGCAAUUAGUAUAGUGCUUAUUACGCUGAUAUGCUAUCAACUGGCUGGUGGCGAUUCCACCCAGAUCUACAAUCCGUUAUUCGAAGCUGAUGUAAGAGGAUCUAUGCAAGUUGUCGGAGGUGUCUUUAUCGUUUAUCUGCUUCUAUUGAUCUUAUCCGCCCUGUUAAUGGUUCACGGCAUAAGAGAAGGCGUACGUGGAUGGUUGUUGCCGUGGCUCGUCGGAUGGUUCAUCGUUUGCUUAUUCCAGUUAGUCUUCGGACUGUGGCUCUUAGGCGGUUAUUACAUUUAUCUGGACUCUGUAUUCGCGACAUUAUGCAACUGGCUUUGGAUGUCUUACAAUAUAUACUGCUGGCUGGUCGUUUUGUCGAUGUACAGAAUAUUUGCAAAGCUGCAGUCUCCAAACAUAGAACUUUUGUGGCCUUGAAGAAAAGCGCAAUAUGCAAAAGCAAUACGUAUACAUCUAUUGCCACCAAAGUAAGGGAGAAUCUCUAUUUCCAUUUACUCGUAAAACUUUUACGUAAGAACACGCGAACUUGUUAAGAAUAACACAAAGUUCUCCAGUCGUAUUUUAAUACAUGCACUCGAAAAGUUUCAAUGGAUGUCUGAGAAAGCAAAAUUCACCUUUUUAUCGACUUCAUAUGUUUUUAUCAUUGACUUUAAAGAUUUUUAUGUGUACUUUUAAUGUUAACAUGCAUAUUUGUCUUUAAUAACGUUUUCAAAAUCUUAAAAGAAAGUUUAGACCUCGCUAAGCGAAAUUAUGUUUUUGUAUUUGUUAUAUUCAUACAACGUUCAAUUGACGUUCAAUUAACGCCUUUCUACUUAAAUUUGAAUAAUGUAUAACUAGAUAGUCGAUGAGAAGGUAAUAUUUUUUAUUUCAUGGCAAAAGAGACUGAGAGAGGCCUUUUAAAAUAUCCGUCCAAAUCAUCGUAAUAUGUAAUAAGCUUGGAAUCUCGUUGAACGAACAAAUCAAAAUAAUUAUUAUAUAGCAUCACGUUAGUUGAAAAUUCGUGUUAGGUCCUUUUACAUGGCCACCGUUGUUCUGAGCAUUUUAUAAAGAUUAUACAAUUUUUCUACAAGCUAUUUUUUCUACAGCAUUAGUCCAAUAAUAUAUAUAAGGAUAUAUCCUUACUCGAUGUAGAAUUAAGCAUCUAUUUAUAUAUUAUAUAUACAAACAAUAUAUAUUAAGAAUAAAUAAAUAUUCCAUUAU